CUACCUUCAAGCAUGCGAUCAAAGUUGAACCUCCUUGCUUCUCGGAAGCGGCUAUUCUUCUACCCAAGUAUACGAGCAUAGCAUUUACAAUGUCACGCUUAAAUUUCGGUUUGUGAUCCUGUAAUCUCAUGAACCUACCGGUGGUAUCGCAACCCCCGAGCCCGAGCGCUCAUGUUCUCGAUUCAAAUCAUGCAUUUAGCCCACCGAUGUAUUAAUACAGAUCACCGGAGUAAUAACAUAUAAGAUACCGGGGUUUGACCUUUCUUCACGAGUACUUCUAAAUGCCCGAAGUUUCACUCGACAGUACUUUCGGUGCAUUCCUCAUUGGUGCUAUAGUCUCUGCGUUCUUAUUUGGCAUCACCUGCAUGCAAACAUGGUAUUAUUACGUCCAUUACUCCGAUAGUAUCUGUCUGAAGGUUUUGGUUGGCAUUGUCUGGACUCUGGAAGCUGUACAUGCGGUUUUUGCAUGUCAUGCUGCCUAUUUCUACGUCGUAACGCAAUACGGGAAUCUAGCAGGUCUGUCUGAUGCGACUUGGUCAGCAUCUCUAACCCUGUGUGUAACGGGCAUCAUCACUUUCAUGGUGCACUUAUUUUACGCUCGGCAAUUGUAUCUUGUAUCGAACCGCAAUGUUAUCCUGGUUUCCAUUCUUCUUUUUCUCGCAGUGUGUCGAGUGGCAAGCAGUGCGGCGAUCGCUGGCUAUAGUAUGAAGCUGAAGUCUUUCGCUUUGUUUCAAACACAUGUUAUGACUAGCCUCCUGAGAGCUGGUAUGAGUUUUUAUCUUGCGACGGACUUUUUAGUCGCCGCAUCACUCUGCUUCUAUCUCCAUACCAGUCGUACAGGGCAUAAACGUACGGACACCAUCAUCAAUAGACUUAUAAUAUAUACCAUUAAUAAUGGCCUUCUCACUGGUGUUACGGAUCUUCUCAUCAUUGCCUUCGAGAUAGCCUACCCUAAUAAUCUCGUAUAUCUAUCCCUCUACCAAGUUGUCGCGAAUUUAUAUUUUAAUUCCUUCCUUGCCACAUUGAAUUCUCGGCAACCUACAAAGAUGACGCAUAUUGACAACAUUUCUACUGACGACAAUGCCAUGAGGCUAUCCAGCUUUGAGGCAAGUAGGCCGCCUUUAGGACAUCCUUCGAGGAUCUCCGGAACCCGGCAUAUCGAUAUUCAUAUCACCAGCACUACGGGUACCAUCCCCGACCCAGAUGGUGACACCGCCCCUGAACUCGAACCUAAAGCCCCUAGACUUUGAAGCUUUAGGCUCAUUUAUGAAGCGGCUCUACUUUAAUUGCGUCCGGCGUGCCCGAGUGCAGACUCCUUCCCAUUCUCCUUCGUGGGGGGUAAAAGCUGCUUCGCAGCUGGAGAUUAAUUGAACGCUUACAUAUCAUCUUAUCUUAUCUCUCACGUGAUGUU